AUGGCCGCUCAAACAACCUCCAUAAACCCCACCGACUUCGCCGAAGCGAUCGCCGAACUCCCCCUCAGCGCAGUCUACAGCAAAGUCUCCGAGCUCCGCAACUCAAUCGCGCACCUGCACCGCUCCAACGAGGAGAUGCGUUUCUUUCUUGCGGAAUCACAGGAAACCGAAGAAGACAAGAAAGAGCUAGAGGGGUAUGUCUUGGAGAAUGAGGGGGUGGUCACAUCGAUGAAUGAGCGACUUUCGUUGCUUAAAGUUGAGGUGGAGAGGCGGGGGCAGACAUGGAUUGAAGAGAAGAAGGAUUCAACCGACGAGGCUCAAGCAUCCUCCGAAGAGACCUCUGCGCCGGUGUCGAAUGGGACUGCUGGGCUUGGAGAUCAGAGCUCGAAUGCGAAUGCGAAUGCGGGGCAGGAGGAUGGGGUUUAUCUUUGA